GGAUUGAAAAGAUAAUUAAACAACCAUGAAUCCAAAAACAAGAGCAAAGAUGCAAUUAACGAUCCAAGGGCUUAUUAAUCAGUUUGGAUUCUUCUUGUUGCUCUCGAGUAGCAAGACAAUUGCCUUACAUUUCGAUCAGAAUAAUUUAGUAUCUGCUAUAAUGUUUGCUGCAAAUAUAGCAAGCGUGACGAUCUUAUUUAUCAAUGCCUUAUUACUCAUGAGAUUCAAACCAAAGCAUCGUUUGAUUGCUAAUACAUUCAUCAUGAUUGCUGGCUACGGCUGCAUAGUCGCAGGCUGGUUCUCCUCCUUCUACCUCGUUGUGGUCGGCGCCAUCUUCACCGGGACAGCCUCAGCCUUCGGCCAGGUCAUCCACUACGGAUUCAUCAAGUCGAUCCCUGCAGAGUUCGUGGGACCCUUCAGCUCUGGAACUGGAAUCUGAGGCUUCGUGGGCUCCUUGAUAUUUCUGGUGCUGGACUCGCAAGAAGUACCAACCUACAUCAUAUUCUCGGUGAUGAUUCCAGUGGUUCUCUUUUAUUUAGCUAAUUUUAUUAAUCUUGAUGCUCAUGUGAUGAAAAAUAAUUUCUUCAAAGAAGCAGAUCGAAGUCCAACCCCAAGAUUUGGCCUUGAGGUAUUGAAUCACUCAAGUUCAUGAGUUGGUCAAACACAAACUGAAAAUGAAACUUUAAUCGAAAACAAGGAGCAAACUUUGUGGGAAGGGUACAAAAUUGACCCUCUCAAUCAUGUAUGGGUAUUCUUUUUCUACAUUUUCGAGUACACCAUAAUUACAGGAUUCUUUGAUAGACUUUCUCAGCUGCGGACAGUGGAGGAUGAUGGCUUCUUUGAGAAAAACCUGUUUACCAUAAACCAGUUCUUGUAUCAAUUCGGAGUACUUAUAGCAAGAUCAUCACUCUAUUGUGUCAAGAGUAAGGCUACAGGGUUAAUGACAAUUCUCCUGUUUAUCCUAUUCAUUGCCUUCUUCGCAUUCUGCUUAUUCUAUGUUAACGUGAACAAAUUCAUAAUCCUAGCUUUGGCCACACUUGUCGGGCUUAUUGGAGGAUGGUGAUAUGUAUUCUCUUAUUACAGAGUUAUGGACAACAAGAAGCUCACGAAGAUUAAUAGAGAGAAGCUCAUCAACUACCUUGCAGUCGCAGCAGACUUCGGAAGUUUCCUUGCAACAGGACUUGCCACUGUGCUGAGUUUGACUAUUCUAAAAGUUGAUUAAUAAAUCGCCUAAUUUAUAUGAAAUAUUCUAUCUUUAUUA